UCUUGAAUACGUGCUAAUAAAUAUUGUACAAAUAGGAGAUGUAGAAUGACGUAGGUGAGUGUUCCAGACCUCGUAGCUGCCUGCGGUGUAGUUGAGUUUGCUGAGGGAUGUCCGGUAGCGGUACGGCAUGUCCGUGCGCCGACUGAAGAACACCAAGGCGCUGGCGUCGUUGGACAACGGGCGCCAAAACACCUCGAUGCCGCUCUCCUCCUGGCGGGGAACGAAGAAGGAGAUGAAACUCAGAAAGCGGCAAAGCAAUUCGGCGGACCAAAAAGAGAUAGCGGCACCUUAAGAUGCUGCGAGCCCCCCCGCUGAUGGUGCGCAGGUCGUUGGACAUGAAGAGGGGAGCGGCCAUGAUGGCCCAGAGAGCCAUCUGUGUACGGGACUGAUCCAUGCUGAGGCCAAAGUCCCCAAUGAUCAGCUAGAAGAACAUCAAGCUCUUGCCUGCGGGAUCCACAUCCUGGUGCUGGGGGUGACUGUGGCUCAAAGGUUUGAAGACAACCAGCGAGGGUACAUGCUGGUCAGGCAGCUUCUGGCCAACGCCAUGCUGUACCUGUGUGCAGCCGCAGUAGGGGUCCUGUCGUACUACAUGGCCGACAGGAAGUACAGGACGGCCUUCUUGGAGGCACGUCAGUCCCUGGAGGUGAAACUCACAUUGGAGGAGCAGAGCGCCCAGCAGGAGGAAUUACUGUUGUCCAUCCUGCCCAAGCACAUUGCUGAUGAGAUGCUGCAGGGCUUGAAGAAUAGUGCCGAUCAGAAUGAGGUCCAGCAGCAGCAGCAGUUCAACACCAUGUACAUGUACCGCCACGAGCACGUCAGCAUCCUGUUUGCCGACAUUGUGGGCUUCACACAGCUAUCUUCCACCUGCAGCGCACAGGAGCUUGUGAAGCUGCUCAACGAGCUUUUUGCCCGUUUCGAUAAACUAGCCGAACGGCACCAUCAACUGCGAAUCAAGAUCUUGGGCGACUGCUACUACUGCAUCUGUGGUCUUCCCGACUUUAGAGAGGACCACGCCACCUGCUCCAUCAUGAUGGGCGUCUCCAUGGUAGAAGCCAUCUCUUAUGUGCGAGAGAAGACCAAAACAGAUGUGGACAUGCGAGUGGGCGUCCACACCGGCACCGUUCUGGGAGGAGUCCUGGGCCAGAAGCGCUGGCAGUUUGACGUCUGGUCGACGGAUGUCACCGUCGCCAAUAAGAUGGAAUCUGGAGGGAUUCCUGGGCGGGUGCACAUUUCCCAGAGCACCAAGGAGAGUCUGCACGGAGCGUUUGAGCUGGAGCCUGGCAACGGCGGGGAAAGAUGCGAGUACCUGCUGGAGAAAGGCAUCGACACCUAUUUAGUUGUGGUGCCCAAAAAGAAAGAUGAUAAGCGCAAUGAAAAAACAUCCAGCUCUUUGUACACCACAAAGUCGCAGCGGCUGAUUAAUACCACGUCAAACCACGGAGCCUCGUCACCGCCGGCGUCGGAGUGCAAACAGGAGAGGAGCAGGCUGGUUGAAGAACAAGUCAUCAACAGGCGCUUACAACAGGAGCUCCUGGAAAGAGAAACACGGCAAAUAAUGAAGAACCUGAUCCACCCCAUCUCGCUCCACUUUGUGGACGGAAAGUUGGAGGCGCACUAUUCCUCUGAGAAGGAGAAGCGCAGCGGAGCAGCCUUCUGCUGCUGCGCCAUCGUGCUCCUCUUCAUCACCGCCAUGGAGGUGUUCAUAGAUCCUCUGCUGGUUGAGAACUAUGUGACUCUUGCAGUAGGAGAGGGUUUGUUGUGCAUCCUCAUUGUGAGCUCGCUGGCCGCCAUCUUCCCCAAGAUGUUUUCCAAGAAGCUGGUGUCCUUUUCCACAUGGAUCGAUCGCACACGCUGGGCAAGAAACACGUGGGCCGUGGGGGCCAUAUUUGUCCUCACCAUGGCUACCAUAGCUGAUAUGCUCAGUUGUGUCCCGCCACAUUUCCGGGUGGUCAACAGCACCUCUGCCCUCACGCUGGACGUGGUGGGAGAAUGCGCGGAGAACCCCAAGCACUACAGCUUCAUGGCCGUGAUGGUGCUGAUUGCCACCACCAUGCUGGUGCAGGUCAGCCACCUCAUCAAGCUGGGACUGAUGGCGCUGGUCGUCACGGCGACGGGAGCCAUCAACAUCUACAGCUGGGGGAGCAUCUACGACCUUUACGACUUUGUGCACUUUGCCUCCCACCGGGCAUCCAUGGUACCAUCCAAGUACCUCGUGACCACGAUGAUCAUCGUCAUGAUGCUCAGCUUCUACAUCUUCUCCCGCCAUUUGGAGCGUCAGUCCAGGAAGUUGUUCUUGUGGAAGAUGGGCGUGCACGAUCAGAAGGAGCGAGUGAUGGAGAUGAGACGCUGGAAUGAAGCGCUGGUUGCUAACAUGCUUCCAGAGCACGUCGCCAAACACUUCCUAGGCACUAAAAAGAGAGACGAGGUGUAUCACACAUUUAACAGAAAUAAAUGCUUGUGGAAGUUUGAAAGAUAUUUCAAUAUCGAAUCAAAUCCAAACUAUUUUGUCACGCGUCAGGAGCUGUACAGUCAGUCGUACGAUGAAGUAGGCGUGAUGUUCGCAUCCAUCCCCAACUUUUCAGACUUCUACACCGAGGAGAGCAUCAACAACGGAGGCAUUGAGUGCCUCCGCAUUCUCAACGAGAUCAUCUCAGACUUUGACAGCUUGCUAGACAGGGACGAGUUCCGCAACAUCACCAAGAUCAAGACAAUAGGAAGCACCUACAUGGCGGCGGCGGGACUCACCCCAAAAAGCAAUACGACAAACGGACACGGCACCCUAAAGCCAGAGGACCAGACGCUUAUGGAGCACUGGCAGCACCUCGCUGAUCUGGCAGACUUUGCUUUGGCUAUGAAAGUCACCCUCAACAACCUCAACAAACAGUCCUUCAAUAACUUCAUGCUACGGAUCGGUAUCAACAAGGGCGGGGUUCUGGCGGGCGUGAUCGGCGCUCGUAAGCCUCACUAUGACAUCUGGGGAAACACGGUCAACGUGGCCAGUAGGAUGGAGUCAACCGGAGUCAUGGGAAACAUUCAGGUGGUGGAGGACUGCUACAACAUCUUGAAGGAUUAUGGCUUCCGCUUUGUGCGACGGGGGCCCAUUUUUGUCAAAGGGAAAGGGGAACUGCUGACCUUUUUCAUGAAGGGGAAAGAACAAAACAUCAGCAACACGGGCCUACCAGGGACGACUCUUCCUCACCAGGUUGUGCAUGUUUUUUGACACCUGGACCAGAAGGAUGGACUCUAUAUUUGGAUCACAAUCUUGAGAUCUUUUAGCGGUAUUUUUCUUAUUCUUUAUCUUUUCACCAAUUUCACUCCACCUGUUGACAAGUGCUGUACCAUACUGUGCUGUAGCUUGGUUAUUGUGCAGGCCACAUAUGGAAAUGGAGCGUCCCAUUAUGUGCAUUCUUAGCUGCCUCUUUUUAGCUGUUUUAUAUCUUUAGAACGUACAGAAAAGAGAACAAUGCAUGUUCGGGUCUCACAUAAGGAUCAUGGAUGAUGGGCAAAAUUCCAAAGAAAUUGCACUUUCCCUUUAAAAGUGUAAUAAGUGAUAAGUGAAGUGUAAUAGUAAUACUGAAUUGGUAUACAAAAAUACAAUUGCAAAGAAUUAGCUCACAAUAAAAUAAUUAAUUCUUUUUUUUUUUUAAUGCCAAGAGGAGACAUUUACAAAAUGUAAUUUUUUUGGAGCGUAUUUUGUUUUGAUUUUUCUGCGCACCGCAGUCUCACCUACUGUAGGAACUAAAAAUCAAUAUAUUUUUGCCUUUAAACUUAACUGAGGUUAGCAGCUUUCAAGGUUUGGAAAACAAUGUU